UUGUCGUAACUCUUCGCGUUUUGCUUGUCUUGGAAUCCACGCUGCGGACAGAAUUUCCUAUUGUGUCGAAGAGGUUACUCCUUUUUAGACUAUAGAAGAAAGCUACUGCCCUACUCAUGAUACCAACAGCAAAGAGCCAAUGUAACCAGAAAAUUUUUAAGCUAAGAACAACAUGAACUUUGACGUGUUAUUCCGUAUUGUUAUGUGUUGUUUGCUUUACCCUUGGGAAACGUAUGGUUUUAACCUCGAUAUUGAAAAUGCUAUCGUCUUUGAUGGACCUCCGGAAAGUGGUUACUUUGGAUACUCUGUGGCUCUUCAUUCAUGGCAAAGUAAAUACUGGUAAGAUCCUUUAUUGUUUAACAUUACUUCAUUAGAACACGUGUGCGUGUUGUCAGAGAUCAGUUGGUCCAGUGCGGCGUGUUUUUGCUUCGAAGGUAGAGACUUUUUGAAUAUCAAAAUUCACGGAGAGACUGGAUUUGUUUUCUUAAUUUUACUAUUAAUUUCGGCGUGAGUAUAAUCCCAGGUUUAGAUACUAGAUGUCAUUCAUCGUUUAUCACUGAUCGCAAUAAGAAUUAGAGAUGACAUAUUUCCGUAAUGCAAUCUUUCGUUCGGAUACAUGAUCGAGUCUGAAUUUAUAGUCCACAAGAGACAAACGGGGUUUGAAUUCUUUGGAGAAGUGAAAAUGUUUUGAAAAAGCAAGAUUGUUUGUUAAAGUCAUGAAAAGUUUUUUAUAGCCACGUUUUCGAGCGAUAUCUUAAACAGCAAUCCCGAAUUAAACUCAUGAAAUGUGUUUCUCAAGAUAACAGCAGUGGUAUUGACACUUAUUAAUUUACAAUUUCCUAAUUUCGUGACUCAAUUUGGCUCCGCCGUCUUGUCUGCAAAAUGCACGGUCGCUUAGUGCUGGCAUUUUAUUAUAAGUAUUAUUAUUUAACUGACGGCACACUUAACGUCAAUCUAGCGCAAUUAUUGCUAGAAGACUGAGUCAACUCAUUAAACUAAAGUGUCAAUAUAUCUUGUAAACCAAAUCACUCGGUUGUCUUAAUAAACAGCGCCUCUCAUUAACUGCCAAUUUUAUCAUUAUUGACGGUCGUUCGGAAAAAGCAAUCAUUUAACUUAAUGUUUAUUCAGAUCAUUUCCUGAGGUUAUUUUAGAAAAUUGCAAUUUGUGUGCAUCCAUUCUUGACUAAGAAGUUCAAGCGGCUUUGUUUCUGUUAUUGUAACUCCUUUUUAUUUUAUUCAAGUAAGCUUAUAUGGUAAUAAUAUUGUUAGAGUAUGACGUAUUAGCAUUGAUUUAUAACCAGGACCAGGUUGGCUAGCCUCCAGCGGCUCUAGCAACCUUGCUUCUUCUUAUCACAUAAUUAGUUUUAAAUCAGUUAUUUUCUUAAUAAAUAAAUGAGAGUUGGAGAAAAUAGUAGAACCGAAAAAUUUCACCUUUGGCAAACUUUUCAAAACCAAAGUAAUGUUACUAGAUUUGAAACUUAUUGAAACCAGACGUAUGGAUAAACUGAGGAACACUCCACUUGCCAACACCUGGCCAAGCAUUUGACGAAACGUAUCCAUGCAAAGUUACUAAAGUUAGCACAGAAUAUGCACAUUUUGAAGGGGGCUGGGUGUGGGUGGGAGGGUUUGAGGAUGAGGGGCGUGGGGGGUGGGGAGCCUUACUCACCUGCAUUGAAGCCACAAAAAAUUUUGUAACAAACACAUCAAUUUAUUUUCAUUGUCCUUUUUAUUUCAUCCAUUACUUACUAAUGACAGACAACUGCACAUUUAAAAGCAAUAAAAGCAGAAAAUAUUCAGCAACAUUAAACUUGUUAACAGACAUCAAGACUAUGUGAAACCCUGAACAGAUGAUACCAUCUGAGUUCAAUUUUGUACUCAGCUUUGUUUAGGCAAAGGUUCAGAAUAGUGGGUUAAAUUAUCCUCUUCUCCAGGAGCUUCGCAAAAUGUCCUUGGAGAUGAUGUGGUUUUUAGCACCCCCCCCCCCCCCUCCUUUGGGCUUGAACUGUAUUUCUGUCGUAUAGACACUGUCUGAGUUCAGCUGUGUUUCGCCCCCCCCCCCCCCCCACUGCAUGGUCCUGCAUGGUACUCCUGAGCUAAUAAAAGUGGAAAGUUACACAAGUUUCUUUUAUAGAGCCAGAAUUUAAGAAAGGGGAACUCAUCCGAUUGCACAUACUCGGUAUGUGUACGGCAUAUAUGUCAUAUAUGUGGUAGUGGAAGGGGACUCUCGGGUAGUACCCCUCUGGGAAGUCCUCUCCCCAUUGACUCUUCUGGGUGGAGACCUCUCUUGGUCCUGUGCAAGGUUGUUUGUCUAGGAUAAAGGUCAUUGUGAAAAAUCUAAAUCAGAAAGACAAAAGCUAAUUUUGUAUUGUAAAUUAAUGUGUGCUCAGGGUAAUAGUUGGAGCGCCUCUUAGUAAUGUCACUUCUGCUUCUGGAUCUGAGACAUUAAUAAGGUAUGGAGCAGCGUACCGAUGUGAAUACACUGGAAAUCAACAGUGCAGUGUCAUCAACAUUGAUAACCGACGUAAGUUUUUACUUUUAAAAUUUCUUUCCUAGAUACAAUUUUAACCAUUCAUUUAUCUUAAGUCUAUCUUGACUGUCGUGUUGCUGUCCCCAUUCCAUCCAGUUUACCCGUCGGCGGGGCUUGGGAAUUUCGCCAGGAAACGCCUUUUGAAGCUAGUCGAGCUAGUACCAAAACUGCCCAAAACCCCGCUAUAGGUUGAGCUCUUCUCGGCUUUCUGUUUGGGGGCUAAAAAAAACAGCCUAAUGUAUUGUGUUUGGGUCGCUUAUUUAAACUUAGACCGCGGUUUAGCAAAUCUUUGGGCCUCCAGAUAUCUUCCUUAGUGAGUAAUUUUAAGAAAAUAAGUGUUUUUGCAGUCUACGACUUAUGCUUUUUUGAAACGUUUCAUGAUAAAUGGUGUUAAGAUAAAAGCAUUGGGAGAACCGAAAAUGGCUUAGAACGCGGUUUUGUUAAACGCUGGCUAAACUCCGUUUACAUAACUGGCCCUUUGGGUGUAAACGUGACUUUUACCUUUCGCCUUCUCUCCUCUCCUCCUCUCCUAGCAUUUACUAGGCUUCGGUGCGGUGGGAAAAGUUUCGGGCAAGGCCUUUUAUAGCUAAGGAUCGUAGGAUAGUUGGAUUUAGAAAGAAGGGGCUUAGGGCCGAGCGUUAGUAGGCUGAAAAGUUAUUUUGAGCCCUAGAACUUGUUUCAUGUUUCAGCUGUGUGGAGAAAACAAGUGACUUUCAAUGAUGUACCAAACACCUGGGUAAACAUGGAAGAGAAGACUGGCAUGUGGCUUGGAGGAGUGGUUUAUAGCACUGGAAAAGAUGGCAAGGCAUUGGUAUGAAUAAUACUUUCUGCUCAUGUUUUCUGUUUAUGUACACAUGUUUCAGUCGUAACGCCAAACCUUUUUCAACUAAAGUAGAAUCUUAACUGUUCAAACCUCCCGGGGAAAAAUAAAAUAUUUUCGAAUGAUCGCGAGCGAAACAUUCAGAAAUGAGGAAGACGAUUCAGAGCAGAUUGCUCUGCGUUUUAUUUUUCCUAAUCAUCCGAGCCAACACAUGGAUAUCUGCGGUAUCUCCCUAUAAUAAGAAACACGUAGGCAGUACGUAAAGCUAUAAAAUUGUGGAAGAAACUUUAAUUGGGAAAUUAAGUUAGUUUUUCUUGGUUUACUUGUUGCCACACUCAUGGUCUGGUGAUCUCUUUUUUGAUCCCUGUUCUCUUUAUUACGACAUGACACUACACUUACUAACUCUUCGAAUAAGCAUGUGCCCGUUCGACUAUUGUAAGCGACCAACUACUUUGUAAACCCAAUACUAAAUCUUGGAAGUUUGCUUGGUUGCUUUCGAGAGUUUCGACUGUAUACAGUUUGUAGUUACGGAAGUUCAUUCUCCAGUCUGCAGAGAGUAGCCAAUGUACAAACCACACUCCCGAGCCACUUCAUCGCCGUGCCUUCUACAGUAUACCUUAUGACCUUUCAGACUACACCUACAUGCAUUACCCAUCGACUGUGGUAUGGAAGUGGUGACUGUGGUUCAGUUAAGUUCAUCUGCUUCAGACCAGUCACAGUGAGUCGUCACACAGCCCUACCCCUACAGGCCACUUGGUUAAUUUCGCAUUCAAAUCAUUUUGGAAAUUUAUCUCGUAGGCCUGUGCUCCAAGGUAUAUUUUUCGUGGAGCUCCUGUGACAGGAAAUGCGGGCGGCGACGUUCAUUAUAGUUGGCUUCUCGGACGGUGUAAUCUUCUUAAUCAAGACCUUUCAGGAGUGUCUCAUAAUGGGGUUGUCGAUCCCUGUUCGACAGGUACGGAAUAAAUAGUAAGUCACAAUUAGUAUCCAACGUAACAAGGAGUAUCGUCAGGGUUAAGUUAUUAGGUUAGUAGUGACGUAACAGAAAGGGAAUCAGUGACGUUAUGAAUCUUACACCCCUCUUGCCAUCUCAAUAAUUCGAUCUCAACGAUAAACUUCCUCUGUCAAAGGUGACAGGCGGGUGAAAUUUCACUGAAGCUCAGUGCAAAAUGUUUCUUUUCACUGUGAUUUUGGCCAAACUAGAGAGGUGACUUAGCUCCUUUAAGCUCCCUAAAUUGACCUGCACGUGCAAUGCUCAGAUAGCCUGUUGGUUUUUUUAAGGAACAUGCUGUUGUCGUCGUCUUCUUAUCAGAGAACUUUAAAUUCGAGAACGAGAGCGACUUCGGGACGAGAUUUGACCUAAAGUUUUUUCGCUGAUUCUCAAAAAUUGACAUUCCGGAAAGCUUCAUUGUACUUUUUUUUCUCCAAAAAAUUAGCACUGUUAUCUUUAUUGAAGGAGGUUAAGCCCUCUCCUGGUCGCAAAAUAAUAAAACCUCCAACAUUAGAAAACUUUUUUCCGCCAACACGACAUUAUCGCUAAUACAAAACUCGUAGUAGAAGGAAAACGACUAUCACAUUUUCCCGCCAAAAUUUCGCUGGUUCAUGCGCGAGCACUGCUUAGAACCGAGAAAAUCUCGCACUCGUAGUCGUCCUCGUCUUAGAAUCUAAAGCUCUCUAAUACCAUAUCAACUUGACGAUACACAACUCACUUGAUUUCGAACCGUUAUUCACUGUCACCAACAGUCUUUAAAGACUUUACUCACCCCUUGACGCGGUGAGUCUUGAGUUUAAACCAUUGAGAACUUGGAAUAUUAGACAGUUCCAUAUAUUAUUUUCCAGAGCGAAAAGGCAAUAAUUACUAUGGUUAUUGCACAGCUGGUUUGAGUGCUGAGUACUCAGUGGAUGGAUAUGAUGUGAUUAUGGGAGUAGUUGGAGCGAAGAGAGGGAAAGGUGAGGCUCUCUAUAAUAACCAGUGUACCAAAUGAUUCACAGGAGGGCAUAUUAGGAGAUUACUGCAUUUGUAUGAUCUUCCUGUCCUUUGGGAACCCUUCAACCCCAUUUUUCGUUUUCAGAAAGUGUUGAUUUGUUCUGCACCUGACCGUUCCAGGUUUUUUCCCGUUCAUAAAGUGCCGGUGUAAGGAGGCGGGAGAUUUUAUCAUCACUGGAAGGACUUCCUAUACAUGCCUGUAUCGUUAAUUGGACGUUAAUUGAUACAACAUCGGAGCAACGGUAGAUGCCUGUGGGAAAACAAAUGUAAAAGCAAAGAAAUCUAUUUGAAAGCAGGUUAUCGAAGUUCCACUGUGCUUAUGAUAUGCUAUUAUUGUUGGUAAAUUGUUUUCUAUGAUUGAAAUUGUGUCUAGGCGGACUCAUGCUGUACAGCGAUAGAGGCAAGACUGUUAAGUCCGGACUAAGUGAACUCGCGAUAGGAGACUACAUGGGUACGUCAUUAUUUACCAGCACUGAGAUCAGCUAACAACUUUAUGUGUAACAGUGAUGCAAUUAAACGUGAAAUCAUGAUAACGGACACUUCUGUAAUUCUCUCCUUGUCGCGGUUAAAGAUACCCUCACCCCUUUCUUCCAAACCCGCUCAACGUGGAUGGUGCUAGACGUUUCCUACACAGAAUUUCGGGAAAACCAUGGCCAUGUCAUCAAUUUUACGUGUGUGAGACUUUGCGGGGCUUCAACGGUAAAAGAGCUCAUCAGCUGAGAGAGAAACGCUGUAGACUGAAAGGAAGCGACUAAGAUUCAAAACUCACGACUUCAGUAAUAAUGAUGACAAAUUUUUCACCAUUUCCUUAGUAGCAAGGAGUAAGGACAAGGGAAAAAUAGUUUGAGAUUUCUGCGUUAUUGAGCAAGGGUGAGGUUAAGACGGCUGGAUAUUGGCCUAGGGGUUUUUAUGCGUUUUCUAAUGGACCAAGAAGAGGUCGAAGUUAGUAAAGUCAGUCAGUGAAAGAACAACAGACCAAUAUCCUGCCAUGUUGACCGAACAAGCUCGGUCAAUAAAAGAUUUAUUGUAUGGCCAAAAAAGAACUUUUUUGCGGGACCGACGCGUGAAAUCCUGAACGGGCGAGAUAGUAUAGGUCCAUCUUGUGUGCUCGGGUAGCCAAUCAGAACACAGGAUUCGCUUUGCCUUUUUCUACAACUCAAUCAUGUGACAAAAUCCAAUCAUGUGACAAAUAUGGUAUCGUACUAUUUAGACGUGGGCUUGACCAAAAUGGUUACGUGUAUAAAUCCUUGGCUGUGAUUGGUUAGGUCCAAAAUAACGGCUAUUACUACCUAGUAUGAGGCAUAUAUGAUAUUCUUUGCCAGGCUACAAAGUUCAUCUCACUAUAUUAUCUAUUGAGGCGAUUUUUCCCUCUGUUACUUAUAUAUAUAUAUUUUUCUUUUUGUGUUGUUUUACUUCAGGUUAUUCCGUGACCAGUGGACAUUUUACUCAAAGAAAACGAAUAGGUUCGCAAACAUUGUUUAAACUGACCAUCGAUGGAAAUUAUCUUUCCGUGUGACCCGUUAACCGCUGCUUAAAAAUAAAUUUAUUGAAAGCAAUCGAAACAGGCUUUGAAUAAAAUAAAAAGCAUUCGUCAAAAUGGACUUCAGAGUUUUCAUCUUUCUUUAGGUGUUCCUGACUCAACUCAUUUGAGAACUGAACUGAGAAAGUAGCUCUUUAUUUUUUAAGAAGAAUUGUCAGUGAUUUUGAUUUCUUAUUACUUUUUCAACUAGGCGCAGUAGAAGCAUGGGUCUUAGUGGGAGCCCAAGUGAGCGCGAUGCGUACGAUCGGGGGGGGGGGGGGGGUAGAUUUCAUUUUCGGGGGGGGGGGGGGGGGGGAGGGCCCCUUAAAAAAAUGGGGUCCGUUAAAACCCAAACAAAACCCGAAGGUCUGUUGGGGGGGUUGCUUGCGGCAAGUUAGCCCCCCCGCUGAUAUUUUUUUUACUAUUAACAGAAGAAAAAACAAAAUAGCCAAGAGAGUUUAUAGAUAAUUAUUUUUUUUUUUUUUUGUUUUUUUUUUUUUGUAUUACAUUUAAAUUGAAAGAAAGUUGUAUAUUUUUUUUUUUUUUUUAAAAAAGGUUGUUUUUUUUUUUUUUUUUUUUUUUUUUUUAUUCCGAGGGGGGGGAGGAGGGGGGGGGGGGGGGGGGGGGCGGGGGGGGGGGGGGGGGGGGGGGGGGGGGGGGGGGGGGGGUGGGGGGGGAAGAGGGGGAGAUCAACCCGCUAGCAGGCGCAGGAGCCCAUAACUCCCAUGCAUACAGGGCCUAUAACACAGUGUUUUUACGGACCAGUUUAUUUUAAGACACAUUUUGGGGCACUUUUUCCCCCAAAAUAGAACUCCACCAUGUUUAUGAGCGCUUUCGAAAAGGAAAAGUAAACGUUAUUUUAAUUACGUACAGACCUAAAAAUGAAAUUUUUUGCCUUUUAAAAAAGGUCUGUAGAUUUUGUUGACAAGUUUAUGGAAUUUAAAAGGUAUUCAAAAUUCGCGCCAAAAUCGUUCUAAAAAUAAGUUGGUCCGUGAAAACGCCGUGACCCGAGCACAUGGAAGUUGCUCGCUCCAGCUUAUGGGCUCCUGCAGGCGUCAGUUUUUUUAGGGUGAAGAAAGAAUCUCUCCCCUUGGAGUGUGCCCCUCACCCGGCCUGUCAUGAUUAAGUUACCUGCUACGCAGGAGACGUCCGAGUCGUGCAUCCUCGCUCGCCUACGUUAUUUCUCAUGAGUCUGUGAUGACGUGGAAACGUUCGCCUCGUUUUUUUUUCCAGAAUACAUUGGUGGAGCCCCAAGAGCCGACGGUGUGAAAGGGAAGGUAUGGAACUUUUGCUUUAAUGCAAUAUGCCGAGUUACAGAAUUCUGCUUUAUUUCAAUGUUCCGAAUUACAGAAUUUAGGCGCCGAUAAAACAUGUACAUUCCAAGGUUGAGAUUUUGCCGAGUUGUACCGAAAUGGAGUGGUGAAAGACGUGAAUGGAGGAGAGGUUAUCAAAUCUGCCCUUUUUAGAAUGGAUAAAAGUAUUGAUUUUAUAGAGCGUCUUUUGAACGGUACCCAGUAAAUACCUUUUUUUAUCCAAGUUCUUGUGCUUUUUCUGUCCACUUCCUCUUAAGUUUCAUACCUGCCUACUUGCCAUGUACUGAUUUGUUUCCUUUUCCUCUGUAGGUUGUUAUUUAUCAUAUUUACGAAAACUAUUUGUCGGUGAAAUCAACGUUACCUCGACCAAAGAAUAUACCGGUAUGUAGAUGUUUUGAGUUAUUUGUUUUCCUCAGUACUAAAAAGAAUGGGAGUGUUUUUAAUUUCUUUUGUUUCAAAGGUAUUAUCAUGCAUUGCCAUUUCCCAAGACAAAGAAAACUUGAAUUUAAAUCAGGACGAGAUAGAAAAACUGGCAUGUACACCAAAACCACAAUGCUAAUUUGUUUUCAGAAUUUCAGAAUUUUCAGUUUAGUCGUCGAGAGGUCAUUGGAUGACAGUUACAUAACCAUAUUUUUCUUUUGUGUUGAACUAUGUUUCUAAAAUUUAUUGUGCAAUAUUGCAUUCAAGAUUGGCGCGAAAUGUUUAACUAUACCAUUGCAAGAAAAUAACAAAUCUAAGAUAAAAAGAGUGACAUACAUGGUGUGCAGCUUGAAACGUCGCAUCUGAAACUUUAACGUAGUAAUGUCCUUAAGACUUUUCACUCAGUGACCGAGCACUACUGCCUGGUUACCUGCACAAAAUGGUGUUGUGUUCACAGUUUGAGUACCCGAUAUGUACAGAUGUACAAAUGUGCUUCAUUUCGCCCUAAUGGACGCCACUUAGGAACAGCGGGGAAUUACUGACGGGGAAAAGCAUUGGACUGCCUCGGAACUAAAAUAACAGCACCGUGCCCUAAUACGACAGUUACGAAUAUUUAAAAUUCAUACUUGGCUCCGAGGCUGAAAGGAAUAAAAAAAUCACAUUGAGAUUCAGUGAUUAAUAAUUCAUUUAAAUCGUUUUAUUUUGCCUAGCAUCGGAGCCAAUUAUGAAGUUUGAUAUUUCGAUACUGGCGUAUUCUGGCUUGGGUACUUGAAGUUUAUCGCUCGCAUCAAGUGUGGAUGUAACCUUGGUGAUAAGCAAUCUUAUUAGUUUGGUUAAUUAAAUAUCUGGCUUUCAGACUGGGACGUAUUUCGGAGGUGUCAUUUGUGCUGUUGAUCUGGAUAACAAUCAGUAAGUUUCACAAAGAUUCGAAGGGUGUAUCUGUAUCAUUGCUCUCUUAAUAGGCCAUUUGCAUGUGACGUCUUUUUACUACUAAGACCAGAAUUCAUUUCAUUUCUUCUUUCAUAUUUAAAUUUGUUAAUCCCAUUGAGGUUUUAAUAACAAAAGCCCUAAUUUGCACAAGAAAGCAAAACCCUAAAGGAUUCUGGUAGUAGUAGUAGUAAAAUGACGUCAUCGAGCAAAUGGCCUAUAGGGAGUUUGAGCAAAGCUGUUUUGGGUGACGCACGUCAACCAGAAGUAGACUUUUUGAAUCCUUGGGUAUUGGUUUUUCCAAAAUACGGGCAAAUCAUCUCUAUGAGAGUUAAGACACUGAUCAGGUCAAAUUUGGUUCGGUCAAGUGUUUUAAAGUGAAAAACGCCUCUCUUCCGUCGCUCGUCGCUCAAGUAAGUAAGUAAGUAACUAUUUGACCAGAGUAGCGCAUUCAGCAACGAGGACAUGGGAAAUAAAGAUGUAUACAUUUAAAAGUUAAAAGAAAAAAUCCGAAGGUAUGUAUAUAGCCUGUGUACAAACCCCCCUCCCCUCAGUAAAAAUCGGAGAAUGGGCCCCUUCUCCGAUUUUUACUGAGAGGAGGGGGGGGAGGAUGGGGUCUGUACAUAGGCUAGUAUGUACAGUACGAGAUUAAAAUCAACAAUAAUGCAACAAAAGUCUAGCUAGUUUAAUAUAAAAAGUCUGUGCCAAAUAAUAAGAAAUAAAAGUGAAAAGAUUAAAUACCUAAUCAUAUUUUUAAAACUAUUUAAGGAUGUGGCACUUUGUUCCUUCUCCUAGUUGCAUGAUUGUGCAAAUCCCCCUUCUGAAAUUUCCCGCCACGUAACAUCAGCAUAGUCAAAUAACAGCUGCAAGAGUGAAGUGUCUACCUGUUUAGAGGCCUCCAGCGUGAGGCAUGAUCAAAUGCGAGACAUUUUUACGCAUUUUCUUGUUUUUAUCGCACAGUAAUAAAAUUUGACCGGUUUUUGUGACAGGUUUACAGACGUUCUCGUCGGUGCUCCAUACUUCACUCAUGUUAAAGACGAAGGGAGAGUGUACAUCUACUUGAACAACGGCCAGGUUGUGUUUCUUUUUUUUUUUUCGUUCUUGAUAGAGACAUUCAGAUUAUAGGACGAGGGCGACCACAAGGAAGAGACUUGAAUGAGGCUCAGUAAGAUGUGAAGAAUUAUCCAUAUCUAGGAGGAUGUUAUCCACCGAGGCUAAAGCCCGAGGUGGAUAACAUCCUGCGAGAACUGCAUUAUUCUUCACAUCGUACGAAAGCCGAAUUCAGUAAUUGUUUUAUUACUUCGGAUAGCCGUUAACGCCAUUUUGAACGAUGGUUGUUUUAAAUCAAUUAUUAUUCAUUCAAAAUAUUUCCCCGAUUCUGAUUGGCUAAAAGGGAUUUAUCAGGGGAGAAUGGACCUAAAAAAGCGUAAUCCGCAAAUAAUAUACUUACUUUUACUUACUUUUACUUUUUUCACCAGAAAAGUUAAGACGGUUAUUGCUAUUGACGUAGGUUUAAGCUUUAUCCCGUUCGCAAAAUGAUAAAACUUUUAACAUUUCGUAGCUUGUUUCCGCCACUACGUAUUUUCGUUAAAACAAGUUGUAGGAUGACGACGACUAUCACGUUUUCCCGCCAAUACGACGCUGGUUAACGCACGUGCUCUUCUAAGUAUUGAGAAAAUCCCGUUCUCGUAGUCGUCCUAGGGAGAGACCACUUUUAAACAUAGUUUCUUUUUACACUUAAAUGUUGUUUUACUUUAACCUGCAGGGAGCACUUAAUUUGCAAGACAACUUUCUUGAGGGAGAUAGAAAAGUGAACGCUCAUUUUGGACAAAGUAUUGCUGCCGUCGGAGACUUAAAUGCCGAUGGGUUUCAAGGUAAAGCUGGAAGUUAUUUUUUCUACAUGGAAUAUGUUUUCCGAUUGUACCUGCUUUUAAAGUGACACCCUUGAGUGAUCCGACCUUUGCAGUUCAAUCAUAAUCAAAAGUAGCCUUUGGUUUCGAGGGCUGACUGCACGAACCUAAACCUUGGUAAUUGUUGCUAACAUGCGAAAACAGUAGCCAAUAAUGGUGAAAUACCAGUAGUAAGCAAAGGUUAGGGAGUGCGGGCGAGCCGGACCGAUUGGAAGUGGAGAAGCUUUUGCUCCAACGCUGUGAUUUGCGUAGGCUUCACGUGAUAGAAGGUCAAAAAGCGCGUGAUCAUAUUGUGUUCUGUGCAUUCCAUUCAUUUUUAGUGAAGUCUAAACGAAUGCCAACGAAUGCUGGCUAUAUACGUGCCGCGCAUCGGUAAUAACAACCUGGAGACUGGAUUGCGGGCUUCUCUGGUCGCCCGCAACGAAUAAUAGAACAGUGUUAUCAGUAUAGUUACCUUAGCAUAGUAACAUCAGCAUUAGCAUGUGACAGCAUCAGUAGCAGUCCCAUAGUUAUGAACGUCAUUUUCAGCCCUUCUUCAGUACAUUACAUGGUCACCAUCAUCAGUAACAUCAUUGUCAACAUCAUCGACUGGAAGAACGUUAGCUAGCACAUGUAGCAUCGCUUCCCUCAGCAGUCAGCAAUAACAGUGUCCCCACCAUAAGCAGCCCGGUUUCUGAUAUGGAAGUACAAUCAGACCCCGGUAAUACGGACACUGAGGGGGCCAUAGAAAGUGUCCGUAUUAAGCGGGUUGAACUUAGAGGAAAUGUAUUAAAGGGCUCUCUUUCCCCAGGGACAAAGCAACUGAUCUGUUAAUCCGACGAUUACGUAAUUUUCACGCGUACGUUAUUUUCACCACAGACAUUGCUAUUGGUGCACCGUUUGAAAGAGAUGGCAGUGGUGCUGUGUAUUUAUAUCAUGGAAGCAGCAAAGGAAUAGAGUUGCAUUACAGACAGGUGAAGAACUUUAUCUCUACAGUCUUCAAACACUUUCAAAAGUACAGAGAAAACAAAAGAAAUCAAACUCAUUGGCUUAUGACGCGAUGUAGCUUUGUGAUUAUAGGUGUUAGUUCAGUCAUUUAAGAUACAUGUCUCAUUUGGACAACUUUUCAUUAGCAAAUUCCGCUGAAGCCACGCCCGAUUCAAGAUUGAGUUCGGGAAUCCCUCUCAUCGUCAAAGGACGACAUAACUCUUUCAGCACUCGCCCAACCCUGGAAAAGGCCUAAGGCGUCUCCAAAUGAGAAAACGUUUUUGGGACCGGGGUGUGUGGGGGAGGGGGCUGUUUAGGCGUUCAAACAAACGUCUUUUUGUACGUACCUAACUCAAUACCUACGUUAAGUAGACCCAAAUGGUAAGUUUGACGGUUGAUUCAAACAUUUAACUUAAAUAAGUUGACUCAAUUCAUUAUCACGAUAUAAAAAUGGUCUACAAUGCUUUCCAGUCAAAAUAACUUAAAGUAAUUUAAGCAUGGCGGCACACAGUGAGAAGUUCGAUUUUGAAACAAAGUAGGUCCACAUUCGAAACUUCCAUGCUGGCCACCCAAACUUUUAAGUUCGAGUGGCCCGCAUGGGAGUUUCGAAUGGUUCGAACCAAAUUAGAUAUAUCGGACUUAACUGAUUCAAAUCUCGAUCUUUUCAUGUACAUGAAAAGUUCUUCCUUUGAAUUGGGCCUUAAAUAACCCUUUUGGAGAUAUUUAAGAUAAUUCCGCCUUUGACCCAAGAAUAUAAAAUUUAUCUGUAACAUAAUGAGCAAACCUUUCGAUGAAGUAUCAAUCCAUUCAGGAUGAGUACUACAGUAUCAGUGAUUGCGAAUUACUUUCUUUUUUCAGAAAAUUUUAGGUUUAACGAUCAAAACGGGAAUCAAGUUGUUUGGAUAUUCCUUAUCCGGAGGAGUUGAUGUUGAUGAAAAUGGUUAUCCCGGUAUGUCGUAGUUUAUAAAUCCAUGAUAGCUAGUGUGGUGGAUUUUUUAAAGUUCUCUAACCCUAAUCUUCUGCCACAAUAAUUAGAUAUUGCAGUUGGAGCUUAUGGCUCAGACCAUGCUGUUAUGUUAAGGUAAGGGUUGUUAAGUUCAGGGUUGUUUAGCGAGGCCAACUUCAUAGACACUUCUUUUGAAAGUCGAACAACGUUUAAGAAGUUCGACAAAUUCCAAAGGACUGCAGUUUGCUGGUGUUGACAAAUAUUCCCUUAACUUCCAUCAUCAGGGCUUGAAACGUCGUGCUAUUGUCGUGGUAAGCUUGCUCGAAUGUAGUUCGACUGCAGCACGACACCAGCACGACUUGGUUUCAGACGUCGAAUUUAAUUCAGUCGAAUAGAACGGCUGUUGCCGAAUACAAAACACAAAAAUGAAGAAACGGUUUAGCAAACCUUAAAAUGUGUUCUAAUGUAUUUAUAAUUUAUGAAUUGAGUUCGGCACGGCGGUAGCGCGACGUUUGAAACCAAGUUAGAAGCUCAAAUGCUUUUUUUCAUCAAAACCCAGGAAACACGUCAGCUUCUCCUCCGUAUGUUAGUGUCACUCUUUGUAUGUGCCAGUACUGUUAUACCGUUAUAUAGUGAUUUUGUGCGAGAAAAAAUAGAUUCGGGCUACAAGAUAACAAAACAGAACAAAGAACAACAACAACAGAUUUAAAUAAUGAAAAUGUGUGCGUCCGUGUAUGCAUUGCUGUACCACAUUGGCUAUUAAGGUAAUUUCCUUGUUUUGCACUGCGCACCCUCUACUGCGCAUAACAUUGCCCCAUCCAAGAUGGCGGCGGUUCUUCCCACUAGCGCAAAAAGAACAAACAAGGGCCGCUUUUGCAGAGCUAAAGCUUUUAUUCGCAAUAAUAAUGCCGCAGAUCGGCUGACAGCUUCCUAGGUUGCUAUCGAAAAACAAGAAAAUGAAAGAAAUGUGCGUGAUCCCGAAGUCUGCAGUGGUUUUUCACUUCGCGGCCGUCGAGUUGUGGAAUUAUUAAAAUGACCUGGCUGACUAAAAAUACCCCAGUUUAAGAGCCUGCUGACACAUAAACAAGCACGGUGACCCCAUCUUUUUAUUGCAUUUUUUUAAUGUUCAUAUCAUGAAUGUUGAUUAUGCCAAGUUUCAAAAAAAGUUGAUAGUAGAACAAUUUCAAGGGAAUUACCUUAAGCUGCCAUAUAUAACCUGCUUUAUCAAAUAAAUGAUGAUGAAAUGUUGAUAACCGUUAUACUGUUUAGGUCACAGAGUAUUGUGAAUGUGGUGGGUGAAAUUAGACUGAGCGAGCAGCAAAUCACUUUGGAAGGCAACCACAGCGUUUGUAACCUUGAGAGUACUCAGCACAAAUGGUAUGAUCUCAUGUAAUCACUAAUGGUAUUUCAGUGUCAUAAAACGUGUAUCUCCCGAAGAGCUCUCUAAGAGCUUUUUCCAAUCAAACAAGAGGAUGGUAUUCAAUCUGAUGGCCCUUAUUUAAAGAACACUUUUUAAACUAUUCGAAAAUUCAUAAGCCUGGGCACCCAUUUUGGUGGGAACCAGAAGGAAACGUAUAAAACAUUGCAAACACCGCCCGGUUUGGUCAGUUAUUAGGGCGCCCUCCAUCCGUGUGGAAGGUCGCGCCGAGUAACUGAGAAGUGAAGUCUCUCUCUUUGCCCUGCAGAUGGCCACGUAGAAAUAGCAGUCCCGUCUCCAGUAGGAGACGUAAAAACAUUCUUAAUUUAUUAGUACUUUGGGCUCGAUACAUUGAAACUUAAAUAAAGUAGGUUUCUUUUAGGGGGUAAUUGGUUAUCAUUUCUCGCCCGCAGUGUGAAUAUCACCAUAGUCUUUUACUACAAUGAUGCAAGUGCUGCUACUACUAGUAAAGGUUUGUUAAUACCGACCACCAACAAUUCGUUAGUUAGCUAAAUAUUUGGCUUUGAGAAUGGGAUACUUGCAAAUAUUAUUUUAUUCUUAUUUUAACUUUUUAGUAAACACAACUGAUCAUGUUUAAUAGUCGAAAUCGAAAAAAUGCUUACUGACAAAAAUAUUCCCGCGUCUCGGGUUACUUGAUGGUGCAAUAAAGAUCACGUGACUACAAUAUUACGCAGACAUCAAUAAAUUAACAUAAAUUAUAUAAAAAAUGUUCACAACACUCCCCAGGGUUGCAUCACGACUUCGUGAUAAAACGCCUUGACUCAACAGUAUAAAUCUUGAAUGUCCACUAUUCAAUAAAUGUCAAAAGAGCUUCGUCGUCUACAAAGUUCACUGUUUGAAAAGACAUAAUUUCGAAUUCAUCUCAUGUACAGUUCAGUUCAAUGUUCACUCAGAAACUUCAACAGGAAUUAAGUCCUGUAUCACUCUACGUAACACUUGUGGCUUUCGAUCCCCUUUGCCAGCAACCUUGACCUUUGCUGAUCGAAUCUGACCAUCUCUACCCGGUAACAGUUCUUGAACCUUUGCCAGUUUCCAAAAUGUUCUUUUCGUCAGAUCAGACUUCACGAUCACAAUGUCACCUACUGAGAUUGGGCUCUCCUUGUUUUGCUUCUUACAUCUCUCAUUAGAGCGCUCUCGUAGACUCAAAAGAUACUCGUGCUGCCAUCUCUUGGUGAACUGACGCAGUAAUCGUUGGUGAUGCUUAGCUCUCUUUGUCAAGGUCUGAUUAACACUAACAACUUCGAAAUGCUGGUUACUUGGUGCACUAGUAAUUCGUCUACCAGUAAUUAGAUGAGAUGGCGUAAGUGGAGUGGAAACUGACUCUUCAUCAUCAUAGACAUAUGUUAACGGUCGUGCAUUUACGAUUGCUUCGAUCUCCACCAUUGUGGUUUGUAGCUCAUCAUAGUUUAACGUAGAGCGUCCCACUGUUUUCUUCAAUGGUUGCUUCACAACUUUAACCAUCCGUUCCCAAAAACCCCCCCACCAAGGAGCUCGCUCAACGAUAAAGUUCCAUGUGAUGCGAUUGUCAGUUAAGUAUCGCGUAACCUCGUCUGAUUGUAUGAUCUUCCUUAUAUCUUUGGAUGCGGAUCUGAAGGUUUUGGCAUUGUCAGACAGAAGGGUGACUGGUAAUCCCCGGCGACUAACGAACCUACGAAAGGCCAACAGAAAUGAAUCAACGCUCAGAGAAGGCGUCAGUUCCAAAUGAAUCGCUCUCGUGGACGCGCAAGUGAAUAAACAAAUGUACACCUUGUCGGAGCCCGUUUCUUUUGAAGACCUUCCAUCACGUAUGUACAAAGGACCUAUGAAGUCUAAUCCUGUGUGGGAAAACGGCGGGUCUAGAGACACUCGUUCCAGUGGUAAAUCUGGAGUCGGUGGUGGUCUGUAUGGAGCUCCUUCUACUCUUCUACAGAUGGUACAUUUUCUUACAAUUUUCUUCACAACUUCUCGACCUCUUGGUACCCAGAAUCGUCCUCGAAUAGUGGUUAAGGUGUCCUUGAUACCACUGUGUUUAAUCUUGGAGUGCACAUCCUGGAUGAUGAGACUAGUUAGUGGGUGUUUAGACGGAAGUAAGAUUGGAUUCUUGCUUUCUUCAGAGAGCGGUGCAUUGUUUACUCUCCCCUUGCAUCUGAUGAUUUGUUGGUUGUCAAGGAACAAGUUGAAUUGCGUGACAUAGACGGGUGGAAAUGUUCCCCUUUUGCUUUGAAGAAAUUCGAGUUCUUUGGCAAAUGAGGCUUUCUGUACAGUCUUGAUCCACAGCAUUUCAGCUUGAUUUAACUCUUGAGCAUUAAGUUCCCUUUUUGACGAAUGUUCUGGUAACUUGUGAGUUUCACGGUUUGAUACACUGUUCUUCGCAUUACCUAUGAACCGUAAUAGGUAGGCUGUCACGCGGAAUAAUCGUGUUACACUGCAGUAUCGUUCAAUGUCAAUGACUUGACUGAGAUUGAUUGAAUGGUCUUCUGACUCUGUCGUGACCAGAGAGUGCGUGACACUCACAGGGCUUUUUAGAACUUCUUGAAGGGCUUCUUCGUCAUCAGACAAAGCACUUGUUUGGGGCGACUCAGGCCAAUGUUCUCUCACUAACUUCAGAAACUUGGGCCCAUUCCACCAUGUCUGGUUUUGUGCUAAUUGCUCUCCUCCACAUCCUCGUGAUGGUAGAUCAGCGGGGUUCAACUCCCCGGGACAGAAAUUCCAGUUGGCUUCGUUAGUUAGUUCUCGUAUCCUGCUGACCCGGUGUUGUAUGUAAGGUUUCCAUGCUUUGGCAUUUUUUAUCCAACACAGCGUGGUGAAUGAAUCGGUCCACAAAAAUGUUCCUUCGAUUGGAAGAACGGAUUGUAACGUUUGCUGCGUUGAGUGAACUAGUUGGGCUAGCAAUGCAGCUCCUAGCAGUUCCAACCUGGGAAUUGACUGACGUUUACUCGGCGCUACUCUCGUCUUGGAUGUCAUGAUGUUGACUUGGAUUUCACCAUUGCUGAAUGCGGUUCUCAGGUACACAACAGCUGCAUAGGCUCUUUUCGACGCAUCUGAAAAGCCAUGGAUCUGAUAGGAGCAUACUGCUGACUGCGCUGGUGAGUAAUUGGCAUAACAUCGGGGAACUCGAAUGUUCUUCAGAGCAUUCAGGUCAUUAAUGAACGUUUUCCACUUCGCUAAAGCUUCUCCUUCCAAGUUUUCAUCCCAAUUGACCCUCUCAACACAUAAAUCUUGAAAAAGGACUUUCAUGCUUAUUGUAAAUGGAGUUAACAGUCCAAUCGGAUCAAAGAUUUUGGCUGACAGUUUCAAAACACAUCGUUUGGUAGCUGGAAGGGCUUCUGCGUACUCAAUCAACUCAGAGAGGUCAUAGCGAAAUUCAUCUCGAAUGACAUCCCAGUAAAUCCCGAGAAUCUUCACCAAUUGCUCUGUUUCCAGUUUAUCAUCUUUGGCACUCGAUGACUCUUCUUUCUUGAGAUUUUGUGUACUUUCACUUUCUUUGGGAGGGGAUUCCCAAACUGACGGUCCUCUUCUUUCUUCAUCCUGCUUGAUUUUUUCGCGGAAGGACUGACAGUUAGAAUUCCACUUACGCAGUGAGAAUCCUCCAUCUUUCAUGAUUUCCUGUGCUUUGUCGUACAAGUUCACAGUUUCAUUCUCGCGAAACACUCCUCCUGCCAGAUCAUCAACAUAGAAGCUGGAACUUAACAAAGAUGUUACUUCUGGUUCCUUUUCUUUGUACUUGGACAGAUGGAGUUUUAUGGUACUUGCCAGGAUAGCUGGACUUGGAGUUAAGCCAAACACAAGCCUUCGAAACUGGUAUUGCUUGAUUUGCGGACGAUCUUUCUCAAUGUCAUCGAACCAUAGAAACCUCAGCAUACUUCUGUCUUCUGGGUUGAUCUGUAUCUGAUGGAAGGCCUUUUCGAUGUCAGCUACUACAGCAAUUGGAUACCCUCGAAACUUAACCACAAUAUCAAAUAGGUGUGGCACUAAGUUCGGUCCUUUCUCUAAACACUCGUUAAUUGAAGCAGUUGACUUGUCAGAUUUGGCUGAACCAUCAAAUACAACUCUCAAUUUUGUAGUUUCCCGGUUCGACCGAAUUACGCCAUGAUGAGGUAAGAAAUGCAUUGGAGCUUGGUCGUAGUUGUGUUCUGGUACGGCUUCGAUUAUCCCGGAUUUGACUUGAUCCUUGAUCACAUUGUCAUAAUCUCUCAAUAGUUCCUUGUUUUUCUUCAGUCGCGAGUGAAGCUGUCUCAAUCUUGUAACACACAAUUCGUACUCGUUUGAAGCAGGAACAAGGCCUUCCUUCCAAGGCAGACCAACUUCGUAUCUUCCUUCAUUCUCAUUGAAAUGAAUACUCUCCAGGAACUCUCCACUAUCUGACUGUGACACGGGUGGCUUCUCUCGUACUCCUAAUGACUCAAUGUCCCAGAAUUUUUGCAAGGCAUUACAUAACUCAUCGUUCUCACUAUGACUGAUGUCAAAUGGGCUCAAGGUCAUCAAUUCCGGCCUCUCUAUGAUGAGAUUUGUAGUUGCAAACUUCUCUCUUGAUUCUUCAGCACUUGUGGGACCAGACAAGACCCAUCCGAACAUGCUGCUAACUGCUACGGGACCACUGCAGCCACGAAUGACAUCCCCAGACACAAUAUCGAAAUAAUAAUCAGAUCCAAUUAGCACAUCUAUGUCCUGUUGACCUGUUUCAGCAAUGCUCAUGUCAGCAAGCUCGAGACCUUGCAGAUGUACGUGAUUGUCGAUGUUAACUUUAGCUGACACCGCCGAGCAAAUCUUCGGGAAACAUAGUGCAGAUAUCUUGAUUUCUCCUUGAGAUCCUUGCAACCGCAAGUUCACAACAUCACAUUGUUGCUUCGUAUAUCUUUCGUCUCCAAAGGUGUUAAGAUGCAAUGUUUCUGACUUGACAGGGGUCAGAUUAAGCCUCGAUUUCAAUCUGGUUGUGAUGUAGGUGCGUUGACUUCCGGUAUCCAAAAGUAUUCUAACUGGUGCGGCUUUAGAACUGACAACAUUGACAGCCAUGGCUUUCGCUGUUUGUAAGAGCACAGUUCCCUUUGCCUUGUUGCUCACUGUUGUUGUUGUCGUUGUCUCUUCGGCUGAAACUUCUUUUGGUUUCGGUUUCCCUUGGUCAAGCAUUGAACAAAUCGACUGAUGAUGCCGCUGCUGGCAGUGUCGGCAUUUUUUUGGAUUCGUGCAGUCUUUCGCACAGUGAUCAAAACGCAAACAAUUGAAGCAUCGUUUAUCCCUUUCCAAAAUACUUCUUCGUUGAGCGGUAUCUUUUACCACACCACAUGAUGCAGAGUAAUGCUCGUUUUGACAAUAGGCACAUUUGAUUUUGAAGUUCCCACUUUGCUGAGAGACGAGUGAAUUCGCGGUUGGCGUUUGAUUUCGAAACUUUGAAUCACGGCCGGGUGGUUGAACUUUCCCGCCUUCGCUUGUUUUCGCCAUGGUCAUCUCGCUUGCUUCCCGCGCUUCGACUUCAACCUUUAUCACGUUUAGCAACUCCUCCAUUUUCCAUACAGAAUCCUUAGAGUUCCUGGCUAUCUGCAAUCGAAUCUCAGAUGGCAACUUUGACAUAAUAACAGGAAUUAAAAGACUUCCGUAUUGAUCUGAAGUUACGCCGAGCGAUGCCAAACCGCGGGAAUGAACACAAAUUUGAUCGUAGACGUAUCGAAGACUGGCUGGGCGAUCAUUAGAACACGGCGAAACCUUGAGGAGCUGAUCCAUAUGUGCGCUGAUAAUUUGUUGGGGACGCCCGAAACGUUCUUGUAAUAAUUUGACUGCUGCGUUGUAGUUCGCUUCGGUUAAGGUAAGACCCUGAAUAGCUCGAGCGGCGGCCCCUUCAAGGACAGAAUUGAGGUAGUUGAACUUAUCGAUGUUGGAAAUCCCUUCGUUACGAUGAACCGCCGAUUGAAAUGAAUCCCAGAAGGUAUUCCACUUGGUCACAUCUCCUCUAAACUUCGGCAGGUACAACUUCGGUAAUCUUGCACGGACUGCAUUUUGAUUCACUGGCUGUGAUGUCGUUUGAGGAGAUCCCACGUGUUGCUGGGUUGGCAUGUUCACCUUGCUCGCAUUCUCGAUUUUGCAUUUUAGACGUAUAAUUGAGGCAGUAAAUUCUUCUGACUCUUCGAUUUCUUUAUCAAUCGUUGUAACUUCGCAUAAAGAUAAUAUCUCUUGGUCCAUUUCGCUAAGCGACUCUUGUUUUCCAUCCAAGAGUUGUCUCAUAACAUUGAGCCGUUCGUAAUCCUUGUCUUCGCUUUGCAACAUUUCGGUGAAUUCUUGAUCCAGUUUCGAUACAUAUCGUCGGUGUCCUUCACGUAUAACUCGCAGUCGUUCCAAAUUCGAUGUAUUCGCUUGCAUACUCGAUGUACUUGAUAUCUCGUGUGUUUUUGACUUCGGUUUACCCUUUUUGGGAGGCAUUGCGAUCGAAAAUCUGCCCCACGUUGGGCGCCAUUUAGUAAACACAACUGAUCAUGUUUAAUAGUCGAAAUCGAAAAAAUGCUUACUGACAAAAAUAUUCCCGCGUCUCGGGUUACUUGAUGGUGCAAUAAAGAUCACGUGACUACAAUAUUACGCAGACAUCAAUAAAUUAACAUAAAUUAUAUAAAAAAUGUUCACAACAAACUUUUUCCAUUUUUUCAAAGUUUAAAAGAGCUCACUUUAGCGGAAACUUUCAAGCUUUAAUCAAAUUUCUCAGAUAGCUUUUAUAUUCAACUAUGUUUAAAACAUUUUAUAAUGUGGUGCGGAAAUGUUUUAACGAAUUAUGGACAAUGAAAAACUGUUCAUUUGAUUUAAAAGCAGAACUGAUCCCUUCUUUUAGACUUGCACAUAUGGCACACGGUGGAACUAGACAAGGACAGAGGGCAGAACGCGUUGCGCCGACUGUUCUUCUGGGAUGCUUUAAACAGAAAGAGAACGUUUAUCCUGGAAGAUAACUACACCAUUCGUACAAGAAACACAUAUUACAGUUUGCAGCCUCUAACAGUUUAUUUAAUGGUAUGGCAAUUCACUUACCCUAUAGGUAGAUUUCCACUGUCGUGUAAUUUUUACGUACGUAAAUAAAAUAGAGACAAUGUUUGAAAGGCCGCGCAUGAAGGAAAAAGUUGAGGGAGAUUCAACUUUUAAGUUUACGCACGGUCUUCCAUUCACUGCCUCUACUUUCUUUAUGCAUAUGAAACUGAACAAUGCGACAGCGGAAAUCCUCCUUAUGAGUCGUUUGCAAAUAACUUCAAGGCGGCCUUGUUGGUGUGUUCGCAUUCUCGACUCCAGAGCUCUUCUCUUUUGCGCAUGACCAAGGGGGAAAACAGCUCUCCUUUGCCCUGCGCGGCCAAAAGAAUGAAGGCUGUGGAAUCGAGAAAUAAUGGUAUAAUCGAACUUAAACAAUUAUUGAAGAUUAAUUUUAGUAAGUAAUGCUUUACUGUUAAUUUCUUUACGUUUACAAAGAAGUUCAAGAGUUUUUAAACUCGAAGUACGUGCUAAAUACAUAAAAAUCCCUUACUUCAGUUGGACAUGACACUUGUGAAAUUACAGUAACAGUUGUUUAAAUUAGUCGUGUACAGUUUGAUGAAAACUUUGAAAACACUGACCAAUCUGCGCAUUAGCGGAGUAUUGUGCGCUGCUAAACAAAGCAGAGGACUUUUUUCUCUUCUGCGCAUUACCAUAUUAGUUAUCUGCAGGUGACGUUAUGAUGUCUAGACCAAUCAAAACUUUGCGAAAGAUAAUUUAAAUGGUAAUAACAAAUAUUUGGACAGAUCUCAUUUUCCAAAGGAUGAAAAUUGCGUUGUUUGGCUACAGCAACAUGGCGCCAAACGUUAUGCGUUAACGCCCUACAACUUAACUUUUAGAAAUGUUCCGUGUAAGUCCCGUGUAAAGACGUAGGGAAUACAGAAGUGACCGUCUGGUAAACAUCGUGAUAUACUCCAGCUUUAAAAUCUUAACUGUAUAAACUCAGUUACUUGCAAAAGCUUAAGUGAAAACAAAAAGCGUGUAUAGUUUGAGCAUUUUGCCAGAACCAUUUUCAAACGUCUUGUCUCGGUGUUUAGAUAACCGAGGUCGCUACAAAGGAAAUCUGAGGACGUAAGCUUAAGCCUUAAACUGGGUUUUAACUGAAUAGAGCUAUAAUGAAUUAUAUCGCUGUGCAAGGUCGAUCGCUGAAGGAAAGUGCAGGAAUGGUGAGUUGGGAACCUUGAAGCGCGGAUAACGCCAAAGAGAUUAGGUUGCUUUGUUUUAAGAGCACAUUUCCAUCUUCUGUAAUACGUUACUACAAAUAGGAUAACAAACGGUAUGUUUACACCGAACGUCUUAUUUAGGCCUAUUUUGUUAUACUUUAGAAACUUUUAACUGUCUGGAUACACUAUGCACUAUGCAGCUAGUCAUUCACGUGGUAAAAAAACUGCCAUACUGGAGAGCAUCAGACUCACUAGCCCAAGAAAAACAAAUGAAAUUACCAUUUCAAACUGAUGCGAGCUCUUUGUUUGUCUUGUCCCAGUGCGUUUCACGGUCUCUAGCAUGGCGGUUUUGAUGUGGAUGAUCAGCUGCAAAGGGCCCAUUUCAAUUAUACCUCCCUCAGUUAAAAGAAAAUGGCCACUCAUCAACAUGUUACACGCUUUCCUUUCCAACAGUGCUCUUCCCUAGAGUCGGUCGUUUAAAGAUCUUUAAAUAUGAGAUCAUCUUUGUUUUGUUGCAGGAAAAAGACGAACUUGGCGAUGUAAACUCCCCUCUGACCUUUGAUCUAAAUAUCUCCCUUCCUGCACCCCCUUGUGAUGGACUGUGUCCUGUUCUUAAUGAUUACCUGCCAAGCACCUAUCGAGCUGAGGUUAUUAUGUAAUUUAUUAUAGGUGGAGUUUUUGUUGCCAUAGCGACGAGAUACGUGACAUCUUACACAGAGUAAAACGCUUUCUCGCCAAAACUACUAUCCUCAGAGACCCAGAGGCAGCUAAAUAGGAAAGAUAUUUAUCUAAAGUGGUGAAAUCAUUACAAAGUGUUAGAUGUAUGUGAAAUAAAACACAACUACGAUGAUCAUGCUUCAUUUGACUUCAUUUCCGCAGGUCUUAUAGGAUUUAUUUCAUAUACAUCCAUCAUAUUCAUCUCUUUCACGGGAACAUAUGAACACAUAAUUGACCAGCUCCCAACAUCAGUGGCUUCAUAGCUCAGUUGGUUAGAGCAUCGCCCCGGUAUCGCGAGGUCACGGGUUCAAACCCCUUUGAAGUCCUGAAUUUUUUUCAGGCAUUUUACGCAAUUGCAUAAAUUGCUUUCACAAUUGCGAGGAUCAUUCUUCGUCUGAUUUCAUUACAAAGUGUUAGGGAGAAAGGCAGAACUCCUCGGUUAUUCCUCUUUCCCAAUCAGUUCAAUAUCUUUAGGCCAUUCAUGAAGCAGGAAACUUAAAUGCUUUUAAAACUGGGGCUUGUUUCUAGAAAGUCACGGAAACUUUAAAUUUGUAGUACGCCUCCUAGUUCGGCCUUUUUUAAGAUUACGCCGGAGACUUGGCCGUUCUGUGUCAUAUUCCUCUAUGGGAUUGUUUGGGGUAACUAGCACUUCUAUUGGCUAUAAGUAGUAAUAUUAUUAAAUUCACCCCCCGAAACAGCCCUAUAGUUCACUGCAACUGAACACCGACCUAGUCUCGACUUAAGCGUGAUCUCAAAAUGACCACUGGCAAAUGAAAUUUUGAUCUUGUAAUUAAACACAGCAAUCAUAAACAGCCUUGCGAGCCUUUUUAUUGCUCGGUCUUUCGAGAAACGGGCCCCCGCUUCGGUUAGAAUUAGUACCCGGGUGUAUUUCUUUCUUGUAAACCUUUUGUACAGUAUUUCGCUAGUCUGAACAUUUCGUCGCCAUUUGCUUGCUGCCCGUUUUGGUCCCUGAGGAUGCUGAAGUCUAAGAUUGCGCAAAAUUGCAAAACUAUGUCAUCGUAGAUAACCGUACGGUAUAAUUUUAUCGGCGAUAAAAAAGGCUGCACCAUAUUACAUGGGAUUUUUCAACUUUCGUUCAGUUUGUCAAGCGAAUGUCUGCACGAUUCAGUUUGAUCCAUAUUUUCAAAACAAAACUGCGUCGCCUGUGGAAGUUUAUUAAGAAUCGAAAGUUAUGAUUUCUGCUCCACUGUUUGCGACUCUUAUUUUUUCUUCAAUGAAAUUAGUGGGAUCGUACGCGUAACACGCGAGCAGCGAGACAGAGAGAAUCUAGGACGUUUGCCCGAGAAGAAAGGGUGACGCCCCCGAUUUUUUGGCUUCACCAUUAGCGAGGUGCGCGUAAUACCCCACUAUAUUUUAAGAAACACAGGAGAUUUCAUGCAGUCUACUCUACUAAUAUCUCGUAAUUGUUUCUUGUUUAGGUCUUUUUUAAGAAAAAAUGUAAAAAUCAUGCUGCUUGUGCUCCAGAUUUGGCGCUUAGUGGCAACUUGGUUUUUUCUCCCAGGUAAGUUGGUCAAUUUAGCGCUUCUGCUUAUUCUUCUCUUUUAAAUCCUGAAUUUUCAUUAGGUCCGUUCUUGGCUUACACUUCAACGAAAGCGAAUUUAAGAAGGAAGAAGUGUUCUGCUCUAUAAUAUAAUUCAAGACACACAAUUGAAGAAAUCAUGAGCGAAAGCUCAACCGAACGAAAGGAAAUUUUCCCUUUCUUCCGUUUCGAUGCUUUGUUCCUGUCGGUUACCAUCCACUAUGAGCAAAAACUACCGAGACGGAAGCGGAAAAUCACAGUCUUUGAUAUCAACAUGGCAGUGUUGCGCGUGCCCGUUGGUAUCCUUCACCUUCAUUUGGGUAUCGGUCUAGAUGAUAUAUUUGAAAGACGAAUAAUUCGUAUAGGAAUGAAUUCGCUGAUGAAUUAGGAGCGGCCACUUUCCAGUACGCUCUACUGUCGUUUUUAAAACUAAGGUACCUGGAGGAGGAAGCCAUCAGAAUGCUUCUCGAGAAAGCUCGGUAAAAUCCAGUCUCCUUUAGAUUAAACGAACCACAAAUAAACCCCUAGAGGCUGUUGGUGUAAUGGUCCAGAAUCCGUGUGCGGCUAGUUAGAGGGAAGAAAAUAGGUGGCACCUUAAAAUGAAAGCCGGGGAACAGUAACACUCGACUGAAAAACACUAACUCUUUGCUUGUAAGCCCCAUUAUGUUUCUCAUUCUCCAGCCUGAGAUAUUUGCGUUUUGGGUUUUUCCUGAUUUUGGGCCCGCAAAUUCAGUGUAGACCCAGAGUUCUUUUUGCUUACUGUACUAUUUUCUGCAGGCAUGUUAAAGAACUAAGAAUUGGAGUUGUCAAGAAUUUUACUCUGCAAAUCAUUGUAGAGAAUAAAGCUGAAGACUCUGCUUACGCAACCAAGUUAAUACUGAAAUACCCAGAUAAACUGGACUACGUUGGAUCUGAACAGGUACUGUUUCUCCUAAAAAUGACGAUAUCAGUAACAUUAUUUCAUUUAAUGCGUAUAGCUUCAAGAAAGCUCCCCCAAUUCGCUAUCGACUGAGAACAUUAAAUUAGCGCUAAAGAGCUUAUUCGAGCACCACUGUAUUAUAUGGACAAUGUGCGACCAAUGAAAGAAUGAUCUUCAUUGUAACUAUAAUCAUGAAUGUAGUUUUAAUUGUUACCAUAGUUAGAAUCGGCCUCGUAAUCGUAAUACUUAUAGUAAUCAUAAUCAUAAUCUGUAAUCAUAAGUCGUCACCGUAAGCGCGAACAUAAUAAUCAUAAUCAUAUUCGUAAUCAUAUCAUAAUCAUUAUCACAAUUAAAUUAUAAUCGUAAUCGUGGACAAACUCAUUUUUUAAAGGCCACAAUGGUCGUAAGUAAUAAUAAGGAAAAGAAGAAAACCGCUCUUCUUUAACACAAUAUGUUAAACAAUAGAUAAAGAAUACAUGCGGAGGUAAAUAUCCCUCCUCAGGACACGGUGUUACCCUAAUCUGGCUGGUUAGGGACGGACCAUUAGAAAAGUUAUGUGGGGGGUGGGGCGUGGGGAAUUUUCGAGCCGCAGGAUUUUUUUUUGGUAUCAAAUUCCUUGUAUGAAUUUUUUUUAGGCCAUAGCAUGAAUAUUUUUAGGAUUAAUUGGCGAUUAAUUUUCCCUUGCUCGAAUAUUUUUUUUGUACUUCGCCCGCCUCCCCCCCCAUAAGUUUUCUAAUGGUCCGUCCCUUAAGUAAGUUGUUUGUACCUUAAGUAAAAUUGUUUUUUGUUUGUAUUUUAGGAUGUAGACUGUGACAAGACCAUCCCUGUUAAUGGCACUGCAACAAUUAAUUGUGAUGUAGGAAAUCCCAUGCAGGGAAAGACAAAUGUAUGUCCACUAUUUUAUUCGUGAAUCAUCCUUUAGUGGGCGAGGAUCAGGUUUAACUCAACAAAAAGAUUAGACUUGCUACAAGUCGUCAAGCGGCCAAGUGAGCGACGACGCGCCAUAUUAAAUCGGACGAAGGACUUUUUUGAUGAUGUAUCCCAACUGUUAGCGCUACUUGCAUAAAUCUCGAUUACAGGAGCAUUGUUCCUUUGAUUUCUUUUCAAAAUUGUUUCAUGAAAAAACUUCAGUGGGUGAAUAUAUUUACAUGUAACAGAACGUCAACAAUAGGAAUUGUUUAUUUAAAAAUCCGUUUCGAAUACUAUCUUGCUGAAGAGUUACACAAGUCUAAUGUGUCAACAUUAGAUGAGGCGGCACCUUUGAAGCUUUAUCGUUUUCCUUUAUAAAGUUAAGAUCGUCAGUCAGCUUUGAAAGAGUAUUAAACAAUUCAGUCCCUUGCCCAGUACUACUCCUGCUUGUCACUGGUUCUCAGUUUGUCGCGUGAUCUACACGUUUCCGAUCACGUGAAGCACGCGAGUCUGCUACGUCACCAAAAUGAAUUGACCAAGGUAGACGUAAGAAGAAGCUGCACAGGUGUACUAGUGAAACGCCUAUCGACAGAGCUGGUAAAAUGUUUUCUUUAAUCUUGUUUUCUCUUUUUAGAAAUCAUUCAUAAUCAAGUUUUCGCCGGGUUCCGUAAGAGAAGCCUUCAUUCUUGAGGUUGAAGCGUUAAGGUGCCUAUUUCAUUUAUCAUUUCAUUUUCACUUCAAUCUUUCUCUCGAGAGGAAGUGCUUAUUCUUUUUCGUUUUUAAGCUAAGCUCUGAGUAACAAACGUAGAGUAAGGAGCGCAAGAAAUUGUUUACGUUUUUCUUAUCGCUGCUGAAACUAUUAUUGGUUUACUAUUUUGUUGUAGUGUAGGUAUUCUUCAGGAUCCUUUUAACCUUGGACUAACGCCUUUUAAUUAAGGAACCGUCCGCUAAAAAUGGCACAUGUUCAAAAGCACAUGAAGCUCAUUUCGAAAAAAAAUAAUACCCUCAUACUCUUUUAUGCGCUGGCUCACCUUCGCUGGAAACAUUUUUUUCUUGCGCAAUGGAAUUGAGGUUACAUUCAGGUAGCUUGCACCAGAAGGAAGCUUUUUCUGCGGUUAAGGAAUCCUUUAUACUUACUUUUUUCAAGUAAAUGUAAGGCAGGCCUCUGAACCCAAUGAAACAGGAAUCAAACUAUAAUUUAAGUAACCUUAGCACUGCUUCGUUCGUAUGCAAAUUUUCGAUGAUGCAUGACCCGUGCAUAUUGCGCAAAGAGCAAAAGUGAACUUUACAUGAAUCACCACCCAAAAACGGCACGUAGAAGAACAUAAUGGUGUUAUUAAACAACCCAUUCAUGAGGUGCACGCUUCAUUGUUUUACUGAUUAUUCUUCAGCCAAGAUGAGGAUGUUAACGACUAUGAUAACAAGAUACGAUUUCCGGUCACCGUAAAGUUUGAAGCGGAUGUUGAAAUCACAGGGUAUGUUCAAUGGACAAAAUUUUGCUGGCGCUAUUCAUGUAAAUUUAAGUAGACAGGCAGAAAAUUGUUGUUGCUCAAAAUAUCUAUAUGUCGUUACUGUUCAUCAGUAGGAUGCCUAACAUGUGUGCAAUCAGUGCAAUUCCGCAAUUGGUUUCGGCUCCAUUAAAUCCUAUACCAAAUUGUAGAGCAUUUAGGAGGAGGGUUCGUACCCCGCUUUACGGACACCCUCUUAUCUCAUUUUUACCGACAGUUUUCUUUGUCUCUGGAGAAAUCCGUUAUGUUGUCUCUAAAAUCAACCAGCUUACUUAGGACAACGGAGAGGUUUUUCUUGUCCAAUCAAUAGGAACGUAGCUUAACGUCGCUAAUUAGUUAAAAAUAAUGGCUAUUUUGUAAGUCAGACAUGUUAGUUUGUUGAUGCCAAUGCUUAAUUUGAAGUGAUUUAUUAUUUUGCCAUUAAAAUGUGUAUUUGUGAUGUAAUAGCCCACGUUCGAUAUAUCAAAUUUCUAACAUGACUCUUGAGGCUUUAGGGACAAAAUUGCAAAUUUUUUUGACAACGCCACUGUCUCGCAAUUCCCAGAGGAGACUUGAGCGCAAAGAAAACCAAACCAAAUAUAGAAAUAUGACCAUAAAGCGUCGGACUCAAACGGAGUCAUUUUACAAAUUUAAUAUAUCGAUCGUGGGCUAUUAACGGUACUCGCUUAAUAGAAAACGGACUCUGCCUAUGGUACCCUUCGUGUCUGUAGUAACAUAACAGGGUUCGAUUGUAUUUCUGAUUCACAAUUUUUAUUUUGUAGCUCAUCAAAGCAGGAUCAAGUUGUGUACUCAGGACCUGUGACGGAAAAGGAAGACGUUAAGAAAGACUUGGACUCUAUCGGACCUAAAGUGAUCCAAACAUUUACUGUAAGUUGAAAAUGACUCGCUCACUUACCUCUAGGAUAUCGUGGCCAAAGAAAAUAAGUAUAGUGGAUCUAUCAGUGGUAUUUUAGUCCUAUUUGCUUUGUGCUUUCCUAUCACCUCCGGUCAGCUAUCGAAUAAUGAAACCCUAAUCAAACAGUAGAGAUGUGGCCCCGUGAGUCUGAUUUCACGAUAUGUUCAAUUCCCUACUGAGUAAUAUCUGAGAUGCGGCUCAAGUGUCGUUUAAUAGUCUGCCAGUUAUGGCAUGCUGAUAGGUUCUAACAGUGACCGCCAAUGACAACCUCGAUCAUACCUAAUUUGUUUUUUAGGGUGUCAUGCUGGUUUUUAUUUAACAAUUAAUAAAUGAGGCUGAGUAUCUUAUGAAGAAUUAUGGAGAUCUCGUAUAACACCCUCCGAGAUCUCCAUAAUUCUUCAUAUGAUACGAAAGCCGAAUUCAAUGAUUGUUUUAUUAUUCAUUCAAAAUAAUUCCUAGUUUAAAAACAUGGCUAAAACAUGCUUACCUCCAUCGAUCCAUCGACGUUAAGUUCAUCUUCGAUAGUGCACGUUUAGGUUUGUCCAGCUCCGCAAGUAUUCUCCAAAUAGCAUGUCGCCCUUCAAGUUGUCUUCUUACUGUUCUUGCCAUGUUUUUAGCUAUUGUUUCGCCUAGUUCUUACUCUUGAAACGAGUGAAAUGUCCGCCAUUUUUCAAGUUCACAACCCAAACAACUCAACCUCUUUCCCAGGUCUUCUCGGUUAACGGUGCCUUAACCUGCGAAAACGCUGCAUUUUUGACGUCAUUUCCUCGUUAAACACAAAAUUCUUCCAAAUUUGGUCAUCAGUAACUGGUUAUGGUGAAUCAAACGUGUGCUUUUAGCCAAUCAGAAUCGAGAAAAUAUUUUGAAUGAAUAAUAAACAGAUAUUUCUGGGUGCAGGUGUGAUUUGCCUCCUCCCAGUCAUGUCCAAUACUGCCGCACUGUUACGGACCGUUAAGAGCAGUUAACGGACCGUACGUUCUGCACAAACCGUCACUAUUACUCACGGUCCGUAUACUGAGCAGAUGCGGAGCGUGCGUCUCAUUAUUACAUGAGGGCACAAUGCGUUACGGUUCGUUCGAUCCGUACGGUCCGAAGACAUACGGAGCGUGCAUCUCAUUAUUACAUCAGGGCACAAUGCGUUACGGUUCGUUCGAUCCGUACGGUCCGAAGACAUACGGAGCGUGCAUGUCAUUAUGACAUAAGGGCACAAUGCGUUACGGUUCGUUCGAUCCGUACAGUCCGUAGAGAUACGGUUCGUUCGAUCCGUACGAUCCGCACGGCAAGAGAGGCGCACUCCAACUGUAAUAUUCCUCGUUCUAUAAACCAUAAACCAACACAAGCGCAAAAACCAAGAAAGGCGCACUCGAAGUGUAAUAUUCCUCGUUCUAUAAACUAUAAACCAACACAAGCACAAAAACCAAGAAAGGCGCACUCCAAAUGUAAUAUUCCUCGUUCUAUAAACCAUAAACCAACACAAGCGCAAAAACCAAGAAAGGCACACUCCAUGAGAUGCGAUUUACCGACCGUAAAACACUCUUUACAGACCGUAUACCCCUUUUGUCGAUCCGUUCGAUCCGUACGGAUCGACAAACCGUAUAUAACCACUUUUGCCAUGAAAAUAUCCUAAGUCCCACUAAUGAGAUGCGAUUUACCGACCGUAAAACACUCUUUACAGACCGUAUACCCCUGUUGUCGAUCCGUUCGAUCCGUACGGAUCGACACAUGGCUUAUACGGACCGUUACGGUGCGGGUGUAUUGGACAACCCUCGUGAUUUGCACGGUUAGCUCUUGGUACACUUUUAUUGGUCUCACCUUGCAAUCUCUAAAAAGAUUGCUGAUUGGUUCCAUACUAAAAUUUUCGUCAACAGUUGCGUAAUAAGGGCCCUAGUGCUGUUGAUAGUUCAUUGGUGACUGUGAACUUUCCAUACUUGUAUUCAUUGUCCAAGCCUGAAAGCUACCUCUUCUAUCUGAUACAAAUUGAGGUGAGUAAACCACGCAGUGUAAAGUUUCAGUAGUAAGUAAGUAAGUACGGUAAGCAGAAUGGUAGGGUCUGACUACUCUUCUUUCCUGCGCUGGAAUGUAUUUAACGUUGAUGACGUCAUAGGCCCAUGGGCGCCAACAACGUUCACUGAACCGUUACCUUACCAUGUACCUUUUAUUUCUCUCCGCAUCCAAUGCUUUUGCUUUAAAGGAUCAUGAAUAGUGUAUAUUAAUCAGUGCGAAGGUAAAAGUUGUACCUCUUCUAACUCAAAAUACAAUAAAAUUUUGUGAAGACUGUUGUUUAAUUGUGCGACCUCCUCCUCCUCCUCCUCAAUUCUGUUAGUCGACGGUGUCGACGUUGAUAUAUUCCUGUGUAUUGUAAUGAGAUUGCCGCACUGAAACCAGGAGUAACCAGUCCCUACUUUACUACUUUGUUGGAAAUUCAUGGGAUCAUUUUAGCUCUUAGGAAAUUUUUGUUUGUAUGAUUCAUGUUUAGUUUCAGUUCUGUCAGCAUAAAAAGUAUUGCAUUUUUGAACGGAAUUUGCUUACUCCCCCUCUUUUUCUUACGCGGAUUUUCUUCUAUGUACUAAUAAAUACUGAAUUUCAACUUCCUUGCUGUAACCCUCUCUCAGUACUGUCUGUCAUAACUGAAUAUCAAGGCGUUAAUAACCCUUUAACACCUUUUUCUUUUCAUAAGCUCAUGUUCAGCCCAACCCCAGUGUGUUCUAAGCUUGAUGAUGUGUGCCAAUAAUGGCUGUUGUAAUAUUCAUUCUGUUAUUGAUCUUCUUUCUGUUUAGUCUUACACAAAAAUCUCUGUGUCGACUGCGUGUUUUUUAACGAUAGGUAUAUAAAUAUUAAACUGAUAUGUUGAGUUUUUCACUAGUGUUGACCGAAAUAGGACUUCUCAAUAAUAGAUUAGAAAGUAAAACUUACAGUAAACGACUUUGGCUCAUUAGAAGGACUGUUUUAAAUUUUAGCACCCUGUCUAAAUUACAUUACCAGUAGUUCAUUUAUGUAGUUUCUUUACUGACGUCUUUCUCUCUUAAGCUUAAUGGCGCCUCAGGAAGCUGUAACGCCAAUAUCAAUCCUCUGGAUAUCAAGGUGAGAAGUCUCACUGCCAGUGUUAAACCCUUUUUAUGGGACAGGUAUCCCAAGGUAGAAACUUACGCGUCCUUACCUAGGCUCAGUCUCCAGCCGUGGAUGUCUCGAUCUGGUUGGGGGAAUCGCGGGCGCAUCGAGACACCAAUGGCUGGAGACUAAGUCCUUACAGUGAGUGUGAGGGUAUGCAACAGUCGAAGUAAAGAACGAAGGAGUUUUUUCUCUGGUGGAAAAACCGGCAUGGUUGUUUAUCUUACACUGUUUCAUAAAACGCAGGCUUCAGACAUUGGACAUGAAACCUCGACAGAUUUCUUGUGUAAAUGGACAAUAACUAAAAUAAUCAAUUGUUUACGGUGCGGCGCUUGCUUGUUGUUUGUCAGUAAUGCAUCUGCCGCAGUAUGACUCCUUUUGCGAAACGACCACUCAUGACCUACGUUUGGUCAAGGGUACGCAAGACUGAGGAGUUUUCUACUCUUAAGAUAUUUGAACAGGUUACUUAGCCGCUAGAAAUCUCUUGUUAACUGUACAUUUGUGUGUGCUUUUCCUUUUGGUUCUGAGAGUGAAAGACAGCCUCUUGAAGUUAUUCUUGCGAUGGAUACUUCUCCUUGCCGCCAUGUUCUUUGAUGUCCUCUGUAGCUUAGUCAAACCUGUAGUAAACAGUCAGUGUCAGUUGGGUUGGUCAUUUGGUCAUUCCCAUAAGUUUACCGCUUAUAAGGAGUACGAGUUGACUAUAAAAUCGAGUUAAUUAAGGAUGAGUAGGUGGAAAGGUAUCGUCCAGGUGACUGUAGUCCUUAAUAGGACCGCUGUUGACAGUGACUGAUGUUUCGAGAACCUGUGCCCUAGUAAUCUACAGAGUCUAAGAGGAAAAUUGACUAUUAUGGUUUGGUUAUUUACAGGGCUGCAAACAGGCAAGUUGCAAGGCCUUUCAGUGCAGUCUGGGAACGUUAAAGAUGGGUGAUAAAGCGGAAAUCACAAUGACAUUUCGACUUUGGAAAAAUACACUGCUUAAGGUUUGAUCAACAUAUAAUUAUUGGUUGCACAAUAGGUUUCACUUCCCUUUUCCCACUCCUUCCAUUUUAAGGGUAAGCCCUGAGGCCAUUUUUUGGGGGGCGUCCUAUACGCCUUAGACGGAAGCUAACGCAAAAAGUUCGUAUUACGUCGUAAGCGUUUACAAGAUAUAACGCACCUGUGUGAGCAGUAUUAUGUAAUCAUCUCUCGCGUUUGACGUUUCUGCGAUAUCGAUGGAAUUUGUUACCUUUUUUCACAAAAUAAUUUUAUUUUUCAUCAGGAACUUGAUCCUCUUAAAGCAGUUGAUUUGGAAACAACUGCAAAAGUGAAAGUACCAGACGAAAUUACACAGGCGGAUGAAAACAACGACAUGGCGACGGUGAGUAGGCGGAAAGCAUUUUACAGUAGAGCACUAUUUAGUAUUAUUUUGGAUUUCGGUUGUUCGCCAUUUGUUUGGUUGCUAUCUCAUUCCAAACUUUCAGAUAGUAGAAGCAACACUAGAUUAGGGAACAAUGAUAAAUUGCGGAGUUUUACAGCAUUGUCAAGGUGGGUUCCAAAUUUCACGUGACUAAACUGAAGUUGUUGCCAAAACCAGGAGUGGAAAAGGGCGCAGUUGCAGGGAAUGAGAGAAUAUAAAUGAUCUCUGAUACCUUCAUUUUCGAAAAAUACCCCUCUUAUAUUGAAUACCACCCAGCCUUCUUUUUCAAUUUUCUUUUUCUCCAGAGACCAUUUUCGAACAAUACCAGAUUAGUUGAAACGGUGGCCAUUAACCGCAGGAAAAAAAUGCGUUUUCAUGAUCAUUUGAGUUGGCGUUGGCAGGACGUCAGAGCAGCGUCAUUAGGGUGUGACUAGAAUAAUCUAGAUACGUUAACAUAUGGUGUGUUCAUCUUUCUUUGCAGAUAUUAACGACAGCAAAACCUGCACAGACUGGAGCAAGAAAGAGAAAAAUGCCUUGGUGGAUCAUCUUUUCGUCUGCACUCAGCGGCUGUGUACUGCUGGGCGCUGUUAUAUUUUUGUUAUACAAGGUGAGACUGGAGACGAUACAUAGAUGUUAA